UGUAGGGAUUUUGGUAAGAAAGCACACAAGUAGUUUGGCAGGGUGCAGUGGGAAGAAGGAAGACAAACUGCCAAGGAGGAAGGACCCUGGGAGGCUGUUCUUAGUGCUUCAUAGUUAUGUACGUGACCCACAAAUAGGACUAAUGGUCAUGGUUAUCAAAGAUGUUAUCCAGCAUUACCAUGGGGAUCACUUUAAUCAGCUUUGAGACCUGCUAAUGCUGUAGAGAUCUUUGAAGGACUACUGCUGUUUUCAUCUCCAUGCAGCCAGUGCAAGAAGGAAUGAACACCAUGUCUCUGUGUCACCGCUGGAAGAGAUGCUUCUCUCUAGGACCUGUCUGUUCCACCUCGGGCUAUAAGAAGGCGGAUGAUGAGAUGUCCGGAGCCACGUCCGCGGCGGAUCUGGACGAGGCGCCAGCCCGCACCAUUUACUUGAACCAGCCCCAGCAGAGCAAGUUCCGCGACAACUGGGUCAGCACAGCCAAGUACAGCGUGGUGACAUUUCUACCUCGAUUCCUGUAUGAGCAGAUAAGAAAAGCUGCAAAUGCAUUCUUCCUCUUCAUUGCCUUACUGCAGCAAAUUCCAGAUGUCUCUCCAACAGGAAGAUAUACCACCUUGGUGCCAUUGCUAUUUAUUUUAACGGUUGCUGGCAUCAAAGAAAUCAUAGAAGAUUAUAAAAGGCAUAAGGCAGACAGUGCAGUGAAUAAAAAGAAAACAGUAGUUCUAAGAAAUGGGAUGUGGCAGAACAUUAUGUGGAAAGAGGUAGCAGUAGGCGAUAUUGUGAAGGUCACCAAUGGGCAGCAUCUUCCAGCAGACAUGAUCAUAAUAUCUACCAGUGAACCACAAGCCAUGUGCUAUAUUGAAACAGCUAACCUCGAUGGGGAGACGAAUCUUAAAAUACGACAGGGUUUGUCUCAAACUGCUAGUCUCCAGUCCAGGGAAGAAUUGAUGAAAGUGUCUGGAAGGAUAGAAUGUGAAGGACCAAACCGCCAUCUCUACGAUUUCACUGGAAACUUGCGCUUGGAUGGUCAAAGCCCAGUUCCUGUUGGUCCAGACCAGAUCUUGCUGAGAGGUGCACAACUGAGAAACACUCAGUGGGUCUUGGGUAUUGUUGUGUAUACAGGACAUGAUACAAAACUCAUGCAGAAUUCAACCAAAGCACCUCUGAAGAGAUCAAAUGUGGAGAAAGUGACCAACAUGCAGAUCCUGGUUUUGUUCUGUAUUCUCCUGGUAAUGGCCCUUGUGAGUUCUGUAGGUGCCUUAUUAUGGAACAGAACACACGGCGAAGUCGUCUGGUACCUUGGCUCCAACAAAAUGCUGUCUGUCAACUUUGGAUACAACCUACUGACAUUUAUAAUCUUGUACAACAACCUUAUUCCAAUCAGCCUUCUGGUGACAUUGGAAGUUGUCAAGUUUACUCAGGCUCUUUUUAUAAAUUGGGACAUAGAUAUGUAUUAUCCUGAAACAGAUACACCUGCAAUGGCCAGAACCUCAAACCUUAAUGAGGAACUUGGGCAGGUAAAAUACCUGUUUUCUGAUAAAACAGGUACUCUAACAUGCAAUAUCAUGAACUUUAAGAAAUGCAGUAUUGCUGGAGUGACGUAUGGUCACUUUCCUGAGUUGGAAAGGGAGCGUUCAUCAGAAGACUUCAGCCAGCUACCUCCUUCCACCAGUGAAUCGUGUGAAUUUGAUGACCCAAGACUGCUGCAAAACAUUGAAAAUGAUCAUCCCACAGCCGUACAUAUACAGGAGUUCCUCACGCUGCUGGCCGUGUGUCAUACUGUUGUUCCUGAGAGACAAGGAAAUACAAUAAUCUACCAGGCUUCCUCUCCAGAUGAAGGAGCGUUAGUGAAAGGAGCAAAAAAACUUGGUUAUGUCUUCACAGGACGGACUCCCCAUUCUGUUAUCAUUGAUGCGCUGGGGAAAGAGAAAACCUUUGAAAUUCUUAAUGUGCUGGAGUUUUCCAGCAACAGGAAGAGAAUGUCAGUGAUUGUUCGAACUCCGGCAGGACAGCUACGUCUCUACUGCAAAGGGGCUGAUAAUGUAAUUUUUGAGAGGCUUUCAAAAGAUUCCCAGUAUAUGGAACAAACACUGUGCCAUCUUGAAUACUUCGCAACAGAAGGUCUGAGGACGUUGUGCAUUGCGUAUGCUGAUCUGUCAGAGAAGUCUUACAGGGAGUGGUUGAAUGUCUACAAUGAAUCCAGUACGGUUCUGAAAGACAGAACUCAGAAGCUGGAAGAGUGCUAUGAGAUCAUUGAAAAGGAUUUGCUGCUUCUUGGAGCUACAGCCAUUGAAGACCGCCUGCAAGCAGGUGUUCCAGAAACAAUAGCCACACUAAUAAAAGCAGAAAUUAAGAUAUGGAUUCUGACAGGUGACAAACAAGAAACAGCUCUCAACAUAGGGUAUUCUUGCAGACUCAUUUCACAGAGUAUGUCUCUCAUCCUGGUCAAUGAAGAUUCACUAGAUGCAACAAGAGCUUCUCUGACGCAACAUUGUACCAGUCUGGGGGAGUCACUGGGCAAGGAAAAUGAUAUUGCUCUGAUUAUUGAUGGCCACACACUGAAAUAUGCCCUUUCGUUUGAAGUCAGGCAGAGCUUUCUGGACUUGGCUCUCUCCUGUAAAGCAGUCAUUUGUUGCAGAGUAUCUCCUCUGCAGAAGUCUGAAAUAGUAGACAUGGUCAAGAAACACGUCAAUGCCAUAACACUUGCCAUUGGGGAUGGUGCCAAUGACGUAGGAAUGAUCCAGACAGCUCACGUUGGAGUGGGGAUCAGUGGCAAUGAGGGCAUGCAGGCAACCAAUUGCUCGGAUUAUGCCAUUGCACAGUUUUCCUACUUGGAGAAGCUCUUAUUGGUCCAUGGUGCUUGGAGUUACAAUCGAGUUACCAAAUGCAUACUGUACUGCUUCUACAAAAAUGUGGUUUUGUAUAUUAUUGAGCUUUGGUUUGCUUUUGUUAAUGGAUUUUCUGGGCAGAUCCUAUUUGAGCGCUGGUGCAUCGGUCUAUAUAAUGUGAUUUUCACAGCACUACCACCCUUUACUCUGGGAAUUUUUGAACGAUCGUGUACUCAAGAUAGCAUGCUUAGAUUUCCACAGCUAUACAAAAUCACUCAAAAUGCAGAUGGUUUCAACACAAGGGUUUUCUGGGGUCACUGCAUCAAUGCCCUUAUCCAUUCCAUCAUUCUUUUCUGGUUUCCACUGAAAGUGCUGGAGCAUGAUGCAGUAUUCACAAACGGACAGGGCGUUGACUAUUUAUUUGUUGGAAACAUAGUUUACACUUAUGUUGUAGUCACUGUUUGUCUGAAAGCCGGCUUGGAAACAACUGCAUGGACAAGAUUCAGUCACCUGGCCGUCUGGGGAAGCAUGCUGCUCUGGCUCGUGUUCUUCGGCGUGUACUCGGCCAUCUGGCCCACGUUCCCCAUCGCGCCGGACAUGCUGGGACAGGCUGGAAUGGUGUUAAGAUGUGGAUACUUCUGGUUUGGCUUGUUUCUUGUGCCCACUGCGUGCCUUGUUAAAGAUGUGGCAUGGACAGCGGCGAAGCAUACCUACCAUAAAACUUUGCUGGAGCAAGUGAAGGAGUUGGAAACGAAGACAAGAGAACUGGGAAAAGCCAUGCUUCGUGAUAGUAAUGGGAAGAGCGUGAACGAACGUGACCAUUUGUUAAAAAGGCUCGGCAGGAAAACUCCUCCGAGCCUUUUCCGUGCUCAUUCUGUCCAGCAAAGUGUAUCACAUGGGUAUGCAUUUUCUCAAGAAGAACACGGUGUUGUUUCCCAGUCACAGGUUGUUCGAUCCUACGAUACAACUAAAAGGAGAACAGAAAUAGAAUGAAUUAUUCCUUACUUGAUGGGUGGUGGGAAUAAUGGGAUUUGGAUCAAUGCAUCCACUGUUAACACAUUCUUGACUAGCUUUGGCAACAGCAGCCAAAACACCAGAGAACUCAUUUCUGUGGCCUUAGCCAACAAGUUUCUGUAUUCUCCCUGCAAACCUUGAGUGCAUAUUGUGGGGGGGAAUCAUUGUUUGACUUCAGUCGCAAAGCUCUGCCUAAAGUUUUGUUUAUAUUGUUAUGAAGCAUUUGACUGUGCUAUGUGAGGUGUGAAAUUAAAAAUAAUGUUUUACCACUAUUUAAAACAUCGGCAUAAGGUUGUUCUGGGGGAAAAGUAGAAAAUUUAUGUUCCAUGAGAAAUCAGCCUUUGCUUAAUUGGAAUGGGGUGCUGAGAUUUCCUGUUUUGUUACACACAGACCAAGUGCACACAACUGCAUGCAGACUUUACUCCUUCUAGUAUUCACUGUUUACUAAUUUGGCUGAAAUUUUCAACAGACCAUUUGGCGUAAAAAUUUUGAUUGCAACACAGUUUGUAGCUAAAAAUGCUUUUUUGCCUUCUUAUGACAGAAUAAGACAAGAUAGCGAUCAAUUACUUAGAAUAUUUCUUGCCCUCUUACAGGAUGUAUUAGGGUUCUAUCUUAGCUUUCUGAAACCCAACUAGGCGCUUACUCACACAGCCAGGAUGUGGAAGUCAGAGCUUGGCAGGGCAGCUGUCUUGAGUGCAUGGCAUUGUACACAAAGAUGAACUCAACUAGGUGCCUCCUCAUAACGCUUCAUGAUGUACUUGGAUGUGCACUUCAAAUCUAGCCUAGCACUUCCCUCCAUGACCCCAUUCCCAGUUUAGAAGUAGAACAAAACAGUGAGAAUUUUAAUUUUAAAGGUACCAUCUUGUCAGGUAUGGUGAUAAGAUGUACGUCAGCAUAGGAGGCUGAUAGUGUAACCCUAAAGAAUCCUUCCCCUGGCCAGGUAAGAGACGUUUGCAGAGGAGGGCAGGAAAGGAUUACACACGAGCGUGCACACACACAUGGACACACACAGAGCUGGCCAUUGUGAGGGGAAGACCUGCUGUUUGUUUGUUCAGCCAAACCAGUCCUUCUUAUAGAUCUGAUCCAUCAACAGGCUUCCCAAAACACUCAGACUCCUGAGCCCCUGGAAGGAAUGCUGGCUCCACGGCCUUGCUGUGCCACUGGGACAGGCGUGCUGCUGCAUAGAUUGGAAUUUUGAAGGGGAAAAAAAAAAAAAAAAAAGAAAAAAAAAAAAAAAAGGCAAAAACUGGGGCAUAAGUUAAAGCUGAAAGAGCUCUUAGAAAGUUUAUGCUGUCCUCCAGACAAGUUCUAUUAAUUUUAGUUGCCAAGCUACGUUUCUGAACAGUAAAAAGUAAAUACUGCUGUGUUUAAGCCAGGCUUUGUGGUUAAUGUAUAUACUACAUUUGUGUAUUUAAAAAGUUGGCGUUGUUUUUUGCCCUAUUGACCAUCAUCCAGAAUUUUUUAUUGAUUUAUAUAUAUCCGAAAGCAAUUUGAAUAUGAAUGUUUAUGUUUAGCAAAGGAAAGGAAAGCUCCAGCCUGGCCUACUGGUUUAAUCUUCCUUAAGGGAUGUGAGUAAAAGCCUGCACUCAAGUGCUGUAAUUCAAUUUCCAGUGCCACCUCAUAGGUUCGGAGUCCCUUUCUAUUUUCAAAAAGGUAAAUUUUGCUCAUGAAGCACCAGUCAGGAUUGGUCUUGGAUUAGGCUGAUGGAACAGAGGGAAAAGUCAUCACCUUCUUUCUGCAGUGCUAAUGAGACAAUUAUGCAAUAAGGAAAUCGUGCAAAUAAUUUUGCCAUAGGCAUGAAUGUCAAGGGGCCAAGUGUGGAUGUAUGUAUUUUCUGGGAGAGGAGUUCUGUUUAAAGGCACAAAUACCAGUGCAGAGAAUAAAUAAGGAGGGAAUAAACCUGAUCCCACGAGUUUUUUAAAUCUUAAUGCUGAUAUGACCUGUUAAAUGCUUCCUUUUAUUUAGAAACCAAAUCUGUUUAGGAAAUGUGUGGUGUAAGCCUCUCCUCAGAACCGCUAAUUGUUUCUUCCUUUUGUAAAAACACAAGGAAAAUUAACUUCCCACCAAGGCAAAAUGAGAUCAGCUUAGCCUUUGUACUCUAAGCUACACACCAAACAUUGGCAUGUAAACAAUUUGGAGGCUUUUCAUGAGGCUGCAGAAAAAACAAAAAACCAAAAAAAACCAACAACCCAAAAAAAACCAAAAAACCAAACUUUUAAAAGCCUUCAGAUAAUGAAGAAUGGGAAGUAAAUGUGUUAAGCAGAGAAUAGAAGGGAUCCUGGAGUUUCGUCUGUUCUUAACUUAGGGCAACAAAAUUUUACAGAACAUAAUGAAAGGUGCUGGGGAGGAGCAGCUGUCGUCUGAUGUGAUUUAUUUUAUUAGCGCAGACUAUGGGCUGUAUCAUUUUGACCUCCCUGUAAAUUGAGGUCAGUGUGUGUCACAAACAAAAACCCUCCCUAGAGUGAAUGGUGGCUUAGACUGAGGUACGUGUGUUGGUUGUCAGCUCAAUGGGAAUUGCACAUGGGAUUUGUCACUGGGCUAUACAGUAUGUGACACUGGGGCUAGCGGGUCAGACUUUAUCAUCACUGUAUGGCCUUAAUCUCUAGCUGAGUUAAUUCUGUAGAACCCACCCAGGUCAGGACCUGGCAUUCUUCUUGUUCUUUGGAGUCAUUAUAGGAAUUAAUGCAUUGUAACGCGCCAUAGACUGGGUGUUGGGGUUGCUUGUCUCGAUGAGCAAUGAUGAGGCGCAUUCGGGUGCCGUGUUAGCAGAAGGAGAAUGACAGCUGCUCUGCAUCAACAGAAUUCCUUGUUCAUUAGGGCAAAUGCACAGAGCAGUAACAGCAGCCUUUGAAAGUGCUGCGUGAAAAUGUUAUCAACUAGACAGGGUACCGGAGCAGAAGGAAUGGGGGAUUUCUGCGUGACUGUCCAGACCUAACUACCGAGGGGUGAGCAGGAAAGGGCUUCCUGAACAGCUCUCUGCACUGACCAAAGGGAGAUGGGUUUGGAUAUUCGGAUGGAAGUGGAGAUUUUCCUGAAUUAGAUUUGGCUCUGGUUGCUGCUUUUUAUGACACCAUAAUCGCAGCUUGCAUAGAAGCUGCUGCUCCUUUAAUGAUUGCCUAGUAGCAAUUUAAAGCUGGCGAGCGGGAGCCUGAGCUGUUCUGAGCACUGCUGAGAGGUCUGUUGACAUUUUCGUUUCCUUGACAGGGCUUCAGGUCUUGCUGUAGGGAGCUAGAUUGGGAAGUCAGUAAUAACUUGUCGAGGAGAAACGGCGAAUAACCAAUAAAAGUAUCUGGGACAAACUAAGCUGCUAAUGUAUCUAAAAAUGUGCGUAGAGUUAACAUGAACUAUAUGGGCUGUAAAUUAAGAUAACAGUCAAGCCUCGCUAAUCUGCCAUUUGCUAGGCUACGCACCCCUUAGUGCAUGCCAAAACUGUGCACUCUCUUCCCCUGCCUCAGCCAGCACCUCAUGGCAGAUGCUGCAGGGAAGUCUUCUGUUACCAAGAUUACAUUAUUUUUUGCAGCAUGUACUGGAGUGUGUUCUCUGGGAGACAGUUAUAAUAAUAAAGCCAUAAAUAAAGCAGAGAAAGCUUUAUUUAUGUGAAUAUGUGAGAUGUGGGGGACAUGGUCAGUGGCCACACAGGGUACACUUGGCCCUCUAUGGACAACCCAAGAUCUCGAGGGGUGCACGGUCCUUACACUGUCCCUGUCCUGCAGGCUUAGUUUGCCCUUUUGGGCUAACUCGCUAAAUCUGUUUUCACAUUACGUCCAGUCAUCAGUGAAGACUAGUGAUACUCCAUUUACAUUCUCCCUUGAUUUUAUAAAUACUUACUUAAUUUAAUCUUUUAAUGCUCUGAGGAGUGUACUUCUCUCAGGUCAGGUUUGAAGCAGAGCAGGCAUUGAGUGAGUGAGUGGCUGGUCCUGAGAAGCACCUUGCGUUUGUCAGAUUUCUCAUUAGUGUUAAGCACUGAGGUUAGUUUUGAAUCAUCACACAGUAUCAAUGCCUUAAACUUUAAUCAGGUUGCAGGAGAGCUCUUUGUGUCUUGUUGGCACAAAGAGAUGAUGAUGGCAUGGAAUACCUGAGGGGUUGAAGAUGAGAAUUUGGCUGUGUCGAUGCUAUACCUGGUGUAUCUGGGUAGCAGUCUGCUUCUAAAAUGUGGCACUGACCAUGCAUAUUCCUCAGCCUCCAGACAGCUGGACCCCUUCUCUCAGGAAGGAUUCUUGUACUCACCUCUUCCCGGUAUCCUAUAGACACCCAGGAGAGGCUUCACUACCUUUUCUGUGACCAGAGCUGUGUGUCCAGAGAAGGCCACAGGGUAGGUCAGUACAAUAGGCGACAACAAAAUAAAUCCAUAUGAGUACCUUUUCCAUAUGUAGCAGUAAGAUUAAUGGAGGCUUUGAGCUUUGUUGGCAAAUGAAAACCAGAAAGUGCCCUGCACUGUUUGGCCGCACAAGUGAAUCCCAAAGGUGAUCGCUUCUCAGUGACCUGCAGGAAACCUAGACAGCCUGACUGAGUUUAUCUGGCCAGGAAUGUGCUUUUGGAUGGGCUGUCUGGAGAGGUGGUGGAGGGACUGGGGAACAAAAUAGAUUGGCCAAGACCACUGCUGCUGUUAGAGGUUAGUGAGGGGAGGGAUUCCUCAGGCAUCCAUGAAGAGCUGUGAUAAAGCUGAUUUCUUUGUUUCCUCCCUGUGGCUCUGGGAAAGGAGCAGAGCUGAGAUGAGAAUUUGUGAAGCACUCUUACCUCCUGAAGGUGAGUUUCCCUGGGACCAAGCUGAGUUCUGGGCUUGGAAUGAGUACCUGGCAGAAGUGUCCCCUGCUUAGCAUUCUUCGGCUCUAGCAGGUUGCUUCCAGGGUUAUGAAGAUUGCUAAAUUGUUUAGCGGUUCCUCUUCGCCUCAUGGAUGCACCAGAACUGAGCGCUGGAAUUAUUUCAGUCCUGACUGACGGUCCAUCAUGGAGAGCUUGUGGGACUUCUGCUUAGGUGUUGCUCCUGGGCAGGUUCCUGUCCCUCAGGCCAGAGCAAGGGGCUUGUUAGUCUGGGGACCUGGAUCUCUUUGUGGUAGUGUAUGAAGCCCAGGGGUUGUUUUAUUUGGAUUCGUGGCCUGCUCAUUUGUGUGGAUAGAAAGUAAAGUGGCUGAGUACUGGUGUUAAUCCACAGCCUUCCUUUACGUAUGAAGAAGGUGAGAUAAGUUCUCCUGAAGUCUGCCACAAGAGGUCCAUUCUCCUUCAGCACCUUUGUAGCUACUAAAGAGGAACAGAAGUUGGUAAAUGACAAAUUCUGUGCGGGCAGUCCCAGCUCUGGGCAAUCACUCAGAAGUCUAACGAUGAAGAAAAGUGUUAAUAUAUUGCCAAACUGUCACUGUGCGUAGCUGGAAGGUCAGCACCCUUGUAAUUAUGGAGCAAUGAAGCCAAGGGAAAAAGCCAACAUUAACAGAAAGACAUGAUUGUUUUAAAGUCCAACUACCUUACUGGGUGGUUUUCCUGCGAAGAUGUUCCAGAUGUUGUCUUGGCAUAAAUUAAUCAAUUUCAAAACAUCUGCAGGAUUUCUUAGAAAACACGGAGUUCAGCAGACAGUGCAUAUUCUCUCCUCUGCCCUUCUGGUUGCUAUGUUGAUUCAGAAAGGGAAUGAGGGUACUUUCUGUUCUUACCGUAAAGAGUUCAUAGACUGGAAAGCUGCUCAAAGUUGUUGCUCAAUUCUUUUUUUUUUUUUUUUUUUAAAGGGCUCCAGUUGUAAAGCAGUGAGGCAGCCAAACCCUCUGGGUCUGUGUACAUGUGUGUGCUAGAAGAGUUGUCUGACUUGAAAACCUCCCCCUGUCCCUCCUCCUGCCCCCAAAGUGCAGCCCAUUGCACUGGGAGGUCAAAUAUUCAGCGUCUUGAGUGACAGGAUCUUUAACAGCAUCUUUUUCAACAGCGAGCCAAGUCAUGUGCUCGCUUGUCUGUCAUAUCUGUACUCAAAUUGCUUAAAUAUUGUUUCAGAUGGAGACGUUUUAAUCUGGAUAUGCAAAGAGGAGUGAUGCUGUGGGGGGAUGUUUAAUUGGCUCCCAGCAGAGCAGCAGUGGUGUGUGGGUUUUUCUUCUAGAAGUGUUACCAUUUUCAGGUCCUAUUAAUGUCCUCUGGUAGUUUAAAUACAGCAUUGCAUUACAGUGGAGUUUGUUUCCCUCCCGGACUGAAUACAAAUGAAGGUCAUUUACUUGUAUUUUUAGAAGGUUCAGAAAACUUAGACAAUUUGUAGCUUUGAACAGCAUUGUUGACUGUUGUAUGUCUGCACAAAAAUAUUUCCAAUAAACCUUUUAUUAAAGCAA